AGGGGUGGAGCCUGAGCGCGGAGCCCUAGAGCUGCCCUCUCUCCCCGGAUGAAGAGUCGCAAGAUAACAUGGAGUCGGGUAAGAUGGCGCCUCCCAAGAGCGCUCCGAGAGAUGCGUUGGUGAUGGCACAGAUCCUGAAGGAUAUGGGAAUUACAGAGUACGAACCAAGGGUUAUAAAUCAAAUGUUGGAAUUUGCUUUCCGAUAUGUGACUACAAUUCUGGAUGAUGCAAAAAUUUAUUCAAGCCAUGCCAAGAAACCUAAUGUUGAUGCAGAUGAUGUGAGACUGGCCAUCCAGUGUCGUGCUGACCAAUCUUUUACCUCUCCUCCCCCAAGAGAUUUUUUACUGGAUAUUGCAAGGCAAAAAAAUCAAACCCCUUUACCACUGAUUAAGCCAUAUGCAGGACCCAGACUGCCACCUGACAGAUACUGCUUAACAGCUCCAAACUAUAGGCUGAAGUCCUUAAUUAAAAAGGGACCUAACCAGGGAAGACUAGUUCCAAGGUUAAGUGUUGGUGCUGUUAGUAGCAGACCUACCACUCCUACUAUAGCGACCCCACAAACGGUGUCUGUCGCAAAUAAAGCUGCAACUCCAGUGUCAGUGACAAGCCAAAGAUUUACAGUGCAGAUUCCACCUUCUCAGUCCACACCUGUCAAAUCAGUUCCUGCAACAACUGCAGUUCAAAAUGUUCUGAUUAAUCCUUCCAUGAUUGGGCCCAAAAAUAUUCUUAUUACCACCAACAUGGUUUCAUCACAGAACUCAACCAAUGAAUUAAACCCAUUGAAGAGAAAACACGAAGAUGACGACGAUAAUGAUACUAUGUAAGGAAUAUAGUCUAGUAUUGAUGCAUUUCAAAUGUGUAGUUGGUUUUGAGCCUUGUAUACUGAGUAAGAACAUUCUAGAUCCUCUCGUUUUAUUUUAGAAAUGGUAAAUGUAGCUGCAGUAUUUUUCUUGAUGGUUAAAAUUCUUAGAUUUCUUAAUUAAGGGUACCAAUGUUUUUUCAUUAGGCUUCAAGUACAAAAAGUAUUUCUUUUGUAAUAGUUUCACUAACUGUUGAGUCCUACUGUGGCAAUUCUAUUUUUGGAAACAGUUUCCUGCCAUGUGUCACUAAUAGUAGCACCUAAGAUUCAGUUUCUACAGUCUCAGCAGUGGACUAACCUUUAACAGCAUUUCUUAAACUAUAUUUAAAUAAUUUUUAAGGUGAAAUAGUCACUUUUAUUGCCACCAACUUUUUGGACCAAAUCUUUCAAAUUAAGGAAACAUUUUUGGAGAAGACAGACUUGGAGGGAUUCCAAAUCCAUUGUGAAUAUAUUUAAGUUGUUUUUUGGUAUUCCCUUAAUUUCCCUCCUACUCAAUUCCAUGUCAAGAUCCCACUCAUUUUCUGCACCUCCCCACAGGCUGAAGUUUUUCCCCAUUGCACUUAAAAUGCCAAAAUAAUAAUUUAAAAAAAUGUGUCAUUCCUGAUCAUACAACCCAGUGUCAUCUUCAUAUCUUUAAAGCCUGCUUUAAAAAUGCCUGUACUGAUUCACUGUAAUGGCAUUUGUUUGUUUUUCUCUAUAUCAGAACAGUUGGGUUUCAUCCCUUGCCUUUUAUGCCCGUUAAGCUUUACUCUAACAGGUAGUUUUUGGGUCAGUUACAUUCAGUUUGUCUUAUAUCCCAGGUUUGUAACUGCACCCUAUUUCACAUUUAUAAAUUUAACAUAGAAAAUGCCAUACGCUUAAAGUCUGCCUUGAUAAGUAUGUUUACACUGGACCUAGGCAAAACCACUGAAGAGCAAGUCUUUUCUUCAUUUUUAUCACAUUCACAUAUGCUUUGACCACUACUGCUUGUACCCUCCUAUUGAUAUAAAUCAGAUCAUCUGAGGAUGUCACACAUAAGCUGGGAUCAAUUCUGAAAGUUUUUCUAAUGUUUUUCCUUUCUCUGGGCAGCCAGUAAGGAAAACAAAUUAGUGUUAAGUGACUUGCAUUUAAGUACACUCAUACAUUCUGCCUAAGUUUCCCAGUAAUGUUGGAAUAUUGCUAAAGCCCUUUCCCUGUUUUCCAUCUAUGUACAUCUAAACACCUUAUUGGGAAAGACUGCAAAGUUUUAAAAUACAAACAGAUUUGUGAUUUUUUAAGUAAGUAACAUUCAACAUAGGAAUACUUUUGCAGAAUUUUCUAAAAUAUAUUUUCAUAUCAUAAUUUUGAACUUAUAGACAAGGAUCCUCAAACCUUCAAGUUUCAUCUUAGGAUGGUGCUUAAAUACAUCAGAGACAGAGAUAUAGUCCAAUAACAGGAAAGAAAUGUCUCAUCACACUUUCACUGUUUUGGGUUGUUAGGAAAAGGUGAUAUUGAACUUAUAAAUAGAUCUGAUCAUCAUAGGAGAUAAGUGUUCAUUAUACAGCAUAGGAUAUCAUUACUUGAAUGUUCUCAGGGAGGCAGCACGUAGGUUGUAGUUCUAGCUUCAUCUACCAACUGUGUGACCUUACUUCACCUCUGAGCCUUGUACUCACUAGUAAUAGAAAAAUAAUACCAACUCUGCCUACUUCACAAGGAUGUUGUGAGGGUAUAAUUGGUAUAUGUGAAAACUUUCAAAAUUGUAAAAUGCUAUAUAUAUAUCUCUAAGGACUUACUAAUGUGUUUGUUCCAAGAUUCUUAAUAAAAAAUUGAACUCAUCCUUUACCUUUCAUUAUUGACUUGAGAUUCAAGAAAGAUGAACAAGUCCUGGUAAUUCUGAGGCCCAAACAGCAAUAAAGAUUAAAUGGAUGAACUAAUCGUAAAUCAGGGAAUCACUUGCUUUUAUUUGGAACCAGCAUGUGACUCAAGAUAGUGAAGCCUAAUGAGUGAAAGAAUGCAGGUUUACAAAUGCCCAAAAAUAGAUGACUGGAUUAA